CCCUUGUUCUGCUUGUUCUGCUUGCUCUCCUUCCCAUUUUCGGACUGCUCGCUAUACCCACCACCGACACGAUGGCUUCUCUCCGUCUCCCCAGAAUCAUACCCAGACCCCGGCGGUACUCUACCGCGGCAUCCCCUUCCUCUCGUCUCAACCUGCCCAUCGACUACAAAUCAACACCGCUCCUCCACCACACCCCAGCGACUCUGUCCGAUACGAUCGACCUUCCGGAAUCCUCCACCUCAAAGUCGAUGAACCUCUACCAGGCAAUCAACUCCGCCCUGCGAACCGCGCUAUCCAGAUCCAAUCAGGUCAUGCUAUUCGGAGAAGAUGUGGCAUUCGGCGGUGUCUUCCGCUGCUCGAUGGAUCUACAAACAGAGUUCGGCUCGGAGCGCGUGUUCAAUACCCCGCUGACCGAGCAAGGGAUUGUCGGGUUUGCGAUCGGGGCGGCCGCACAGGGCAUGAAGCCCGUCGCGGAGAUCCAAUUUGCGGACUAUGUCUUUCCCGCGUUCGAUCAGAUCGUGAACGAAGCGGCGAAGUUCAGAUACCGCGAAGGAGCCACGGGGGUUGACGUUGGCGGGAUGGUCGUGAGAAUGCCUUGUGGUGCAGUCGGGCAUGGUGCUUUGUACCAUUCACAGUCCCCCGAGGCACUCUUCGCGCAUGUCCCUGGUGUGCAGGUGGUUAUGCCUCGGUCUCCAUCCCAAGCGAAGGGCCUCCUCCUGUCGUCGAUCUUCGAAUCCAAAAACCCGGUGGUCUUCAUGGAACCGAAGGUGCUAUACCGAGCGGCCGUGGAGCACGUGCCGAACGAGUAUUAUACCAUCCCUUUGAAUACAGCGGAGGUCGUGAAGCCUGGGAACGAUGUGACCGUCAUCUCAUACGGCCAGCCCCUCUAUCUCUGUUCCGCCGCGAUCAAGGCUGCGGAGAGGGCUCUGGGUGCCAGCAUAGAGCUGAUCGACCUGCGCACGAUUUACCCAUGGGAUAGACAGACCGUUUUAGACAGCGUAAAGAAGACGGGACGAGCCAUCGUGGUGCAUGAGAGUAUGAUGAAUUAUGGCGUGGGCGCCGAAGUCGCAGCCACUAUCCAGGACGGUGCGUUCUUACGCCUAGAGGCGCCGGUUAAACGGGUGGCGGGAUGGAGUACACAUACAGGACUCGUCUAUGAGAAGUUCAUCCUCCCCGAUGUUGCCAGGAUAUAUGAUGCUAUCAAACAGACUCUCGACUAUUGAGCGAGAAACCCCUUCACAUAACAUCCGUCACCCAUGGGGAUAUUGUACAUACCGGAACCAAUGCAGAGCCAGAUGCAUACAGUAUGAUGAUGAUUCAAUCCAACUCGCGACCUGUAGGCGCUUCCUGGUGAAGCAGGAAGUCAUUUUCCAGCCAGACCUGGGGGUUUUCAUUUGAUUCGUCAUGACUCGCAUAUAAUUCAUAAUUCACAUCAGCCACGCAGUGUAGGAACAUAAGUGCUUCCUGGUAUUGUAAGAAUCCUCACUCAACUGGGGACAGUGGGCACAUUGCGCAAUUGCGCUUCCAAGAUAUCACAUACUAGCACUGAUCCGUACACUGUAG